AUGCGAACACGACAACAACGAGCGCGAGUACAACAACAGCCACUUUCUGUCCUGUGGCAACAUCCAUCCUACAUCUAUGUGGUAAAUGGUCCAGCGGGUCCAGUUAUGUACAUAGCUGAUCAGCAAUAUCAACUCAUUAGACGCUGUGUCGAGAAUACAGGCAGUUGCACGGUUGUUGCACAAAACGGUGUCGGUGCUCCGACGGAUGUUUUCCUCGACCCUUCACUUAAUAUCUACGUGGCAGAGUAUCCAAAUUAUCGUGUGACAAAAUGGACUCCAGGCAACACGACGGCCGGUGCUCUUGUGGCCGGUGGAAAUGGGGUUAUCAGUGAACCUCAUCUCUUGCCAGACGUCGGGCAUCUGCGUCGGCUUGCUUGGAGAGAUCUACGUGCCCGAUUUAUGUAA